GAGGCAUUUCUCUUCUUCUCCAGAUUAUCACAGUUCAGUGAUCCACAAAAUCAGAAGAAGACGAAGAAAUAGAAGAUGAUGAAGCUCAAAGUGUAUGCAGAUCGGAUGUCACAGCCAUCUCGUGCUGUUAUCAUAUUCUGCAAGGUUAAUGGAAUCCAAUUCGAUGAGGUUUUGAUUUCCUUGGCGAAGCGUCAACAAUUAUCUCCUGAAUUCAAAGAUAUUAACCCAUUGGGGAAAGUUCCAGCUAUUGUUGAUGGCAGACUUAAGCUCUUCGAGAGUCACGCUAUCUUGAUAUACCUUUCCUCGGCAUUCCCAAGUGUAGCUGAUCAUUGGUAUCCGAAUGAUCUUUCCAAAAGAGCCAAGAUCCACUCUGUUAUGGAUUGGCAUCACACUAAUUUACGUCCUGGUGCAGCUGGAUAUGUUCUGAAUAGUGUACUAGCUCCAGCUCUCAGUCUUCCUCUGAAUCCAAAAGCAGCUGCUGAAGCUGAGAAGUUACUAACAAAGUCUCUGUCCACUCUAGAGACUUUUUGGCUUAAAGGCAAUGCCAAAUUCUUGCUCGGUAGCAACCAACCAUCUAUAGCUGAUCUGAGCCUUGUAUGCGAACUUAUGCAGCUCCAGGUUUUGGAUGACAAAGAUCGUCUUAGAUUGCUCAGCCCUCAUAAGAAAGUAAAACAAUGGAUUGAGAAUACGAGAAAGGCAACAAUGCCACACUUUGAUGAGACCCAUGAGAUCCUUCUCAAAGCCAAACAAGGAUUUCAGAAGCAGCGAGAGAUGGGAACCGUAUCUAAACCGGGUCUUCAAUCUAAGAUGUAACAACUUAUGCAAAACCGGGUUCAGGGGUCACCGGUUCGUUGAAUAAACUCGGUUAUCGCCAUUGUAAGAAAAAUAAGGAGUGUAA